AUGGCAGCUCAAUUUUCAAGAUAGUUAGUAGGCAAACACAUUGAGGGUGUGUGGCAUACUGGAAUAGUAGUCUAUGGCAAAGAGUAUUACUUUGGAGGUGGAAUCUCUUAUGAUGCCCCAGGUCAAACACCAUUUGGCAGACCCACUAAAACUAUGGAUCUUGGCUUUACUGAAAUUCCAGAGGAUAUAUUCUUAGAAUUCUUGAGAGAAGUUAACCCACGCUUUACCUAAGAAACCUAUCAUGUCUUUAAGCACAACUGCAAUAACUUCACUGAUGAAUGCGCAUAAUUUUUGAUGGGCUAAGGCAUUCCUCAUGAAAUUGUUGAUUUGCCCAAUCAAUUCUUGAACACUCCGCUUGGAAAGAUGGUUGGACCUAUGAUGCAAUAAGCUUAAGAUAGCUUGAAAGUUAGAAGUCAUUCUCUAUUUGAUGAUGGGGGACAUUAAAAUCCACUAUAAACUACAGGGACUAUUCCUCAAGGUUCUAACUUUGGAGGAAAUUAGCCGAAUAUGAAUGAUAUGAACAGUCUUAUUAAUCAAUUCGCCAGCGGGAUGGGAGGAGUUGGAUCAGGUCCAGGCUCUGGAGGAUAAUCAACUGCAUCUUCUAAUUACAGUAGCAGUAGUUCCUCAAAAGGAGCAAUCGCCAUUAAAAAUCUGCAGCAAUUGCAAAAACUUAUUAAAGAGACUCCUGCUCUUGCUAUUGAUUUUUGGAGCCCUACUUGCCCUCCUUGUAUUAGAAUUAAACCAGUUUUCGAAUCUCUUGCACAAUCAAAUGAUGAAUGCAGAGAUUGUGCUAUGGCAUUUAAAAUUACGUCAAUUCCCUAAUUCUACUUCUAUCUUAGAGGUGAUUAAUUUAGAGAGUUCAAGGGUGCUAGAGAAGAUUAACUUAUGUCAACCUUAAUAGAGCUAGGUGAAUUAGUUAUGACUAAGAGCUCUACCCAUAAAAAUCUAAACUAUAAAUAGUUCCGACCCAUGAAUUUAGCACCUCAAGGAUUUACAAGUAUGGGAAAUAUUGAUAAAAUGAGGGAGUUCGUUUAAACCUUUGCUAAUUCAGAUGAUGUGAAGAAGGAAGUGAAAUCGACUGAGAAUUUACAAAAAUGGCUGGUGGGAUUCAAACUUGAAAACAUGCCAAGAGAAGCUAUUGAUGAACUAAUUUCAAUGAUUGAAAUCGCUGAAGAUAAGUUCAAGAUUGCUUUAAUUGAUCUAUUGAGACUACUAAUGAUGUAUGAGCACACUUCAGCUCAUAUAUUGAAUAGACAUUGGAACACUUUUGAGGUGACUGUAUUCGGCUAUAUUUAAUGCAUGGAUAUCAGAGAUGCUGAUGCUAAAGUAAUGCAAAACUACCAUAUGAUAUGCCUGAAAAUGCUUGGAAAUAUUUACCAAACAGAGGCAGGUAAAGAAUUCCUACAGGGGGAUGAUGCAAGCAGUGCUUUAAUUGACUUUUGCACAUAUAGUUUUUCAUCUAUUAAUCCUAAAGUUGUAUUCGCUGCAGCAAUUGUACUCUUUAAUCAUAUUCUUUGCUACAAGAGGGAAAAGAGUCUUUUAUAUAAUCACUUGGAAAAAGCUAUUCUAAAGAUUAACGAAGCAUUUGCAGAUCCAACUCUUGUAGACUUCGAAGCAGUAUAUGGACUUCUUUUAUGUGAAUGCAGGAUAGUUUAUUAAAACAAUGAUAUUUGUAAAAUGAUAGUGGAGAAGCAGGAAGAAAUCUUUAAGAAGAAUCAUCAAGUAUUAGAAUUAAGAGUUAAAAAUCCAAAAGUAAAGGAGUCCAUCGAUGAUGUUUUCCAAAUGCUUUUCGAUUGA